AUGGAAAAAGACGAGGCGGAACUGGCAAAGAUGGGGUACAAGCAAGAACUCAAGCGAGAAUUGGGCUUAAUGCAGAACUUCGGGGUCUCUUUUUCUAUCAUAUCAGUGAUAACAGGAAUUCCGUCCCUCUUUUUGUAUGGUUUGAACACGGGAGGUCCCUCGGUGAUGGUGUAUGGAUGGAUUAUUGUCUCAUUUUUUACUCUGCUCGUCGGGAUGGCCAUGGCAGGUUCAUAUCCGAAUCCCUGCAGUGCUCACCCUACCUCCGGUGGUCCUUAUUUUUGGGCUGCCAUGCUGUCGAAACCCAAAAAUGCCCCACUCGCAUCCUGGAUAACCGGUUGGUUCAAUCUUCUAGGUCAAGUCGCGGUCACCACCGGAAUAUCGUUUGCCUGUGCAAGUUUUAUUUCCACUCUGAGCACCUUCAAAACCGGAUUCGUUCCUUCUCCGAACACUCAAAUAGGUGUCUAUGCUGCGGUCCUUUUUACACAGGGUUUGUCAAUUGCGCGUCUUCAAUCCUUGUUUGGAGUCAGAGUAUUGCAUUAUCUGAACAAUGUUUCUGUCUGGUGGCAUGCCAUUGGAACUUUUGCUCUGGUCAUCGCCAUUCUAGCUAAAGCCCCCACACAUCAAUCAGGUCAUUUCGUAUUCCAGACAUUCAUCGAUGGCACAGGCGGUUGGGCUGAAAGAGCUAGUCCUGCCUAUGUUGCCGUCACUGGUUUAUCGAUGUGCCAGUACACUCUCACUGGUUUCGAUGCUAGUGCACAUAUGACCGAAGAGACUACCAAUGCAGCGAUGUCAGGAAGCAUUGGCAUCAUAAUGGCAAUCGGGGUGUCUGCGCUUCUUGGAAUGUAUCUUUUACUGGGGUUGCUCUUCUCAAUUCAGGACUUGGACACCACCAUCAACUCUGCGACCGGAGAACCCGUAGCACAGAUUUUCCUAGAUUGUGUUGGGGAAGAUGGAGCUAUCGUUCUAAUGAUUAUCGUGAUUGGCGCAAUGUAUUUCUGUGGAACGUUCUCUGUUACGUCCAAUUCGCGAAUGAUGUAUGCUUUCGCCCGUGACGGUGGUUUACCUGGGUCCAAGUUCUUUGCCUACGUAAAUACUACUUGGAGAUCUCCGAUUCGUACAGUUUGGCUUGCAUGCACUCUUAGCUUUAUUCUAGGGCUACCUAGCUUGGGCAGUGCGGUCGCUUUCUCUGCUGCAACUAGUAUCGCUACUAUCGGACUAUACAUUUCCUAUGGCAAGUUCGAUUUGGCUGUUCCUAUCGCACUGCGAGUGAUCUAUCACGCUGACUUUGUUCGCGGGCCUUUUCACCUGGGAAUAUUCUCGUUCCCAGUUGCCAUCACUGCAGUGGUUUGGAUCGCGUUCAUAUCCAUUGUUUUCAUCCUACCCCAAGAAAAUCCUGUAGACUCUCAAACUCUCAAUUAUGCUAUUGUUGCCGUGGGCAUUGUUAUAACAUACAGCUUCGGAUAUUGGUUGAUUAGCGCCCGGAAAUGGUUUGCUGGUCCUGUAAAGCAGAUAGCCGCUGAAGAAAUGGGUAUCAAUGUGAUGGAACCGGGAUCAGCGGGGAAGGACCAGUGA